AUUACUGUGACAUAAAGACUUUUCUGAAUUCAUUGUUAGAAAAUAAUAGGUGUUCUAAAUACGAAACUAUGUCACUUAGUCACAUAUAACCAUUAUGUAAAUAAAUAUGUAUUUAUGCAAAAUAUAAUAAUUACACAAAAAUAUAAGUGUAAUGCUCAUAAACUUUAGCUAGUAACAAAUAUAACCUCUAGACACAUGUACGGUAAAACUGUAUUUAGAUGCCGACUAGUUAGUUAUAUUAGUUUAAGAUGUUACAAGACCAACAAUAAUAAGAAGCUGUUGGAAUUUCUAGCCAAAAUGCCGAAGGUGAAUACUCCGCGAAUAUCCGAAGCUCAACGUCAAAGACAACAUAUAUCAAAAAAAUCUGAAAAGUAUGGCCCUAGCACAGUAUACCUUCAGGUGAUUGGGUCGGGAGCCCGAGGUGCGCCUAAUACCUUGUAUCUUUUCACUGAUCAAAAACGUUAUCUGUUCAACUGCGGUGAAGGCACCCAGCGUCUUGCACAUGAGCAUAAAAUAAAGCUAUCUCGACUGGAACAUGUUUUCAUUACUAGUAAAACAUGGCGUAAUAUUGGAGGUUUGCCAGGGCUGUCUCUUACACUGCAGGAUGUUGGUGUUCCCAAUAUUACAUUACAUGGCCCUGAAGGAUUGGAUGAAUUGUACAGUGCAACAAGAAGGUUUGUCAUAAUGAAAGACAUGAAUGUAACAAUGGCUAAAUGCAGUCCAAGUGAAGAUUUUGAGGACAAUGUUAUGAAUGUGAAAUAUGUGUUAUUAGGACCUCAUGAUAAUCUUCUAGAAGGUAAAGAAAUAAAGCCAGUGGCAAAGAAACAGAAACUGGAAAACCCUGUAGACAAAGAAUUUGAAGAAUUUACUCGUGAUGAUACAGACUAUUAUAGACAGGACAUACGGAACCAUGAUGCAAAUAAAAAUAAUAGAAUGAAAGACAAGGAAAAACCUAAGGCUAGUUUUGAUAAAGAUGCAAUGAAGAAAAAGACAGAAAAUGUAUUACAUGAAUUACAGAAAAAAAGCCACUGUUCUGUAGCUUAUAUUUGUACUUUGAAAAAACGCCUCGGGACACUAGACCUUGCGAAGUGCGUGGAAUUCGGUGUGAAGCCCGGCCCAUUACUGGGUCAGUUGAAGAACGGUCAAGAUGUUGUGCUACCAGAUGGCACGCUUGUUCUUAGCAAAGAUGUAAAAACACCGGACGAUCCUGGACCCGUUUUCAUUGUGUUGGAGGUACCAGAUCUAUCGUAUUUGAAGGAAAGUGAGUUCUCUGCGCAUUUCGAUAACGGCACCAACCCACCGGAGAACAUCCCACGUCUCGUGGUGCACUAUACACCACCGCACGUGUUCAAUCAUUCCACUUACCGCUCAUUCAUGGCGAUGUUCGGGCCGACCACGCGACAUUUGGUGUUGAACACGCAGAAUUCGUGUCUCGGGUCCGAAGCGGUGCAUCGUACUCAGCACAAACUACAUCUCCUCGAUUCAGAUAUCUUCCCCCUAUUGCGCGAUGCCAGCCUGCCUGCAGUCUGGAACUCCCAUCCACCAUUGGCAAAAACCAAUAGUCCUGUCCAACUGAAAGGGCUUGAAGAACUUAAAAAUAAGAUUGCCCUCGCGCAGUUCCAGAAUAUAAUAAAUAUGGAGGGGUCAUGUAAGGGCGACGGACACUGCGGUGAUAAUGAAGAAGAGAACAAGUUAGAAAUAAUCGCAGGCCGGACACUCAGUGUAUUUCACUUGAGACCUAAGAAAACGCUUGACAGGUCUUUGGAACCGAAACUGCACAUACAAGAUUACAUCCAAGAGACGAUGGAUGUGGACGGCUUUGUGACCAGCCUGGAGCAGUUCAGGCGGCAGGUGGAGACCAUAAGAUAUACUAAAGGCAAUGUGAAGGAGUACCCCAAAGUGGUGUUCCUUGGCACUGGCUCUUGUAUACCGAGCAAGACUAGAAAUACCAGUGGCAUAGCUGUUCAAAUUGAUGAAAAUCGAUCAAUGCUCAUGGAUUGUGGUGAAGGUACAUAUGGUCAGUUGGUUCGUUUCUACGGCCCGAAACGUGUGGACGCGUUCUUAAGAACACUCAAGGCUAUUUAUGUGUCACAUUUACAUGCCGACCAUCAUAUUGGUUUGAUUGGCGUGCUCCAGGCAAGACGACGAGCAUUUGAGGAUAUACAUGAGGAGCAGGUGCAGCCAGUAUAUCUGCUGGCACCGGGACAGAUAGUCACCUGGCUCUCAUUAUAUGAUCAACAAUUCGAGCGGAUACGUGCCGACUUUACCCUCAUACCCAAUCAGACCUUGAUACAAGACGCAAUAAACCAGAACAAUGAGAUGACGUCAGCCGUUUUGGCCAGCAUCGGUGUUCAACAGAUCCAAACGUGCUUCGUGUCGCACUGUCCCAAUGCAUUCGGAGUCGCUGUCAACGUUGACGGUCAAUUUAAACUCACAUACUCUGGAGACACAAUACCCUGUGAGGAACUUGUUAAAAUAGGCGAAAACUCCACAAUACUAAUCCACGAGGCGACGAUGGAAGAUGAGUUAGCAGAUGAGGCACGUAUCAAGAUGCACUCGACGACCUCACAGGCAAUCGAGGCGGGCCGCCUUAUGCGUGCUCAGUACACGUUGCUGACGCACUUCUCGCAGCGGUACGCGCGGCUGCCUCGCCUUAACCAGCAUAUACUCAACGACAACCACACUGUUGGCAUCGCUUUCGAUAACAUGCAGAUCACAAUGGGAGAUUUGGAGCUACUGCCCUAUAUAUACGCGCCGCUGCAGCUAAUGUUCGCUGAGCACUGCGUCGAGAUGGAGCUAAAGGCCGCACACCGCGCGCGGCAGAAGGAAAGAAUUUCCCCGCCCGCCUCCGCUUCUGCUUCCGUCCCCGCCGGUACCGACCACGCGCAAGCUGCUACCGGCAGCUGUACAAAGAAUAACCCGUGUCGGGUAGCGGUGUGGGCGCCGGCCACGCCCGUAGCUAUCACGUGCCAAGCGGCCAACUCCGCGCCAGCACGGGUGCACGCGCGCUACAGGGAGAGCCAUGCUUCUAGAUUAAGACAAGAAUUAAAAGGGAUGACGAUCACUGGUUUUGUAAGAAGACGUCGUAGCAACUCGUCGCCCACGAAAACACAGCCUAGCACACCCACUCGAACUACUAGUGAGACUUCAAAUGUAAGCAGAGAACAAUCUGAACGUAGUAAAGUCGUGUCAAACGCCUCCUCAAAAUACGUCAUUGAUAGUCGCUCCAAAACUAUUAACACUGAAUGUCGUGUUUCCUGCAAUGACAAUAUUAUUCAUGGAACUACAAACGGUUACGGCAAACCUUUAGUGACGCCACUAAAUAAGAAGAUUACCAUCAUGAGGGACAUUUCACGAUCCGUCAAACCAAGUGAAAAGGAUAAGAAAAAUCCAGUCAGCCGGAAUAGGUCACCAAUAAAAGCGGAACACAAAGGCAUGUCUUCGCCGAUUAUUCACAAAAAGUUGGACAGUUCACCCAAAUUACUAUAUCCGCUUAGAGUAGACAUUGUGGGAAGCGUUCUGUUGCAUUUAAUAUAUUGGAGAAUGGCUCGCGUGGCCACUCUCCUGUACCCGGGACGAUCUCUCCUCUUGUUUACAAUAAUUGCUGUUGGUGUUUUGUUUUGGACAGCCGCUAAGAGUACCGUAUCUGGAAACAAAUUGCGGUGUUCAACCAAUCCCAAUACGAAACCGGGUACAAAACAUGUGAUGGGUAAACUACCGGUGCCGAGCAAGCAAGCAAGAAUACCAUCAACCUCUCCUAACAGAUAUAAUAAUAGUCCUAAUCGACAAGUCAGAUCAGCAAACGAUACAAAAGGAUCUACGUCAUAUAGUAAGAUGAAAACAACAAAGCUAUCUUCCCAAAAUAGCAAAGGCCCCUGUUCGUCAGCAAAAACGGAACCAUAUAAGAAUUCGUCAUGCGUGAAGCGGCCAUGUCCUGAGCCCAGAGCCCGACUUUGCACCAAAGAUACUAAGAGUGAGGCUGUUAAGAAUGAUUCAGUACCUCUCCGUGAUAUAUUGACGGAGCUAAAGCGACCAUUGUACAAAGAUUUACCUGGCGUGGGUAGGCUCGGCUCUGGAAUUUAUAGUAACAGAAGUUUUAAGCCACAAUUAGAGGAUAUUAAAAGCUCAUUUUUACUACUGAACAAAAAGGGACCGGAGGAAAAAUUUAAGGCCAAUGUGGACCAUAGAAAACCUAAAGAAGUUCCCAGACCAAUGAGAAUUGUCAAUGAGGAACAAAGAAGAAAACAGAUUGUAGAAGCAAAACAGAAAUUUCAAAGCAAACAGUUCUGGAAUGACUCAAGAUAUGAUAAAAUUGAAGGGCUGAAUUGGAUCUCAUGGAAGUAAACUUCAUUAAUUGAAAUAAUAUUCUGUAUUUUAUAAAUUUAAAGUAACA